AUGGCAGGAGAAGUGCCUUUGCAGCUGUUGCAAGAUCUGCAACAACAAAUUCAGGAAAUGAGGGCAGAAAUUGCAACACUAAGGGCGAAGCAGGCGAACAGGAUAGGAGGCCAUUCCGACCAAUCUGUAAAUGUGGAGACUAUCCAUUCGGAUACUGGGGAACAACAGCCUACCCAAGGCGAAAGAAGACGAGAAAAUCGUAACCCUACACCCAGUGUGGGAGCAGGAGGCGUUAACGGCCAAGGAGUAGGCAGAGGUGAAGGGAGACUGGGAAGCAGGGUCGGGAGUAGAGGUGGAGGACGAGGGGGUGGUCGAGGUAAUGGUCGAGGCGAAAUUCCUCGCAUGGAAGAGAGGCAGCGGACUUCAAGGCGAGAGCAUGAACGUGCUGACCAGGCAGAAGGGCUACAUCCUUUCACGCCAAGGGUGAUAAAGGCGGUCAUACCAGAAAAUAAGAUGCUGCCUUCAAUAGAAAGAUAUGGAGGAGCAUCCGGUCCAGUCAAGCACUUGCGAUCCUUUGUAGAUACAAUGGUUGUAUACUCAUCAGAUGAGCUAGUAUGGUGUCGGGUGUUCUCUCUUUCCCUGAAAGAGGAGGCGUUAGACUGGUUCCACUCUUUACAACCGGGCACGAUCGAUAACUUUGCUGAACUCAGGCAAUUAUUCACCCAACAAUAUGCUGCAAACAAAACGCCCGGGGUGACAUACACAGCCUUAGUCAGGAUGAGACAAGGACGAGACGAGUCCCUCAAGUUAUUUAUGGAUAGAUUCAAUCGUACCGCCCGGCAGGUACGAAACGCAGACCAAAGGUUGAUUGUGAGCACACUGACAACAGCCUUAAGGCCUGGACCAUUUUGUGACUAUCUGCAUGCUGAGGAGCCUCAAAGCAUGGACGAAUUACAGAAUAGGCUAGCCAGUUUCAUUCGAGUAGAAGAAGGAAGAGCACACCAACGAGGGAGAGAGGAGGGCGAGUCGACGACUCGUACGGUGCGAGGAGGGGCCGAACAUCCGUUCGGCAGAAAAGACAGAAGAGCAGGUCCUAGAGGCAGGGACCAAAACAGGAUGCAGCGAUACAUACACCACACUCCGCUCAAUGCACCCCGAGCGAGAGUAUUGGAGGAGGCGCUAAGGGCUGACCUAAUGGUCGUAGUGCAAAUACCUACACCGGCAGGAGCUGACGAAAGUAAAUACUGCCGGUAUCAUCAAAAUCCCGGACACACCACAGAAGAUUGUGUCACGUUAAAGGACAAAUUAGAAACCCUGGUUCAAGCGGGUCACCUUCAGAGGUUUGUCCAAAGGAGAGGAUCGUCAGGCAGAGCCAGACCGUCAUCAACCCGACGAGACCCGCAAGUGAGAAAUCAACAAAGAGCUGAUCGAAGUAGAAGCAGAAGUGCCGAGCGGGUAGUCAGGGGAGUAAUCAAUACGAUUUCAAGAGGAUUCGCGGGGGGUGGUUCAACAUCGGCAGCCAGAAAAAGACACCUCAGAAAUUUACACAGUGUCAGCCGAACGGGCACAUCAAGGAGGUCUAUGCCCACUAUCACAUUUUCAGAUGAAGACUUUCACGCGCCUGAUUUGGAGCAAGACGACCCGAUGGUCAUAACGACCAUGAUUGCUAGAUACCAGGUCAGUAAAGUCUUGGUAGAUCAAGGAAGUUCGGCUAACAUCCUCUACUGGAAAACAUUCAGACAAAUGGAAAUAUCAGAGGAUGCCAUUAUGCCUUUCAAUGAACAAAUUGUGGGGUUUGCGGGGGAAAGGGUGGACACGAAGGGGUAUGUCGACUUGAGGACUAGUUUGGGGACGGACAGAGGUGCCAAAGAAUUGAAGGUGCGAUUUUUGUUAGUAGAAGCCGAUACAUCCUAUAAUGUUCUCUUGGGGCGACCUUGCUUGAACACGUUCGGGGCUAUCGUCUCAACUCCACAUUUAACGUUGAAAUACCCAGCUGAUGACGGGAAGGUGUGUACUAUUCGAGCAGAUCAGAAGAUGGCGCGGGAAUGUUAUGCAGCAGGGUUAAAGGUGAAACCCCGAACGUCCGCCUUCCAAAAUAAGCAGUCGGAGGUCGCAAUGGCGGAGUUGGAUCCCCGAACCCACCUGGACAAACGGGUAGAGCCCUUGGGAGACAUGCGUCCCUUCAUCAUUGGAAAGGAAGAAGAUCAAUGCACAACUAUUGGGCGUAAUCUCAACACUGAUCAGGCUAUACUGGUAGAAGAACUCUUAUUGAAGAAUAAAGAUCUGUUUGCCUGGACAGCGGCCGAUAUGCCAGGUAUUCAUCCUGACAUAAUAUCACAUAAAUUGUCGUUACUAAAGGAUGCCCGGCCGGUGGCACAGAAGAAGCGAAGGCUAGCCAAUGAAAAAAGGAAAGCAGUGAACGACGAGGUUGCAAAAUUAUUGGAAGCUGGCUUUAUAAGAGAAGUGAAGUAUACCACGUGGCUGUCUAACGUGGUUAUGGUGAAAAAAUCAAACGACAAGUGGAGAAUGUGCACAGACUUUACGGACCUUAACAAAGCAUGCCCAAAGGACACGUACCCCCUCCCGAGCAUAGACGGAUUGGUGGAUGGGGUCUCAGGAUAUGAAAUUUUAAGCUUUUUGGAUGCCUAUUCGGGAUACAACCAGAUCUCAAUGUAUCGCCCCGAUCGGGAAAAAACAGCUUUUAUAACAGAACGAUCAAAUUCUUGCUAUGAUGUAAUGCCGUUCGGACUGAAGAACGCAGGGGCAACUUAUCAAAGGCUGAUGGAUAAGGUUUUCCAGAACCAGAUAGGAAAAUGCAUGGAGGUAUACGUUGAUGACAUGGUGGUUAGGAGCCGGUCGGUAGAGGAACACCUACGUGACCUUGAAGAAGUUCUCAACCAGGUGCGAAAGUUCGGCAUGAGGUUAAAUCCCCUUAAGUGUACGUUCGGUGUUUCUGCGGGCAAGUUUUUGGGUUUCAUGCUGACCACGCGUGGUAUUGAAGCAAAUCCAGAUAAAUGUCGAGCCAUUUUGGAAAUGAGAAGCCCUACUAACUUGAAGGAGGUGCAGAGGUUGGUGGGCAGGUUGACGUCCCUAUCUAGGUUCGUACCCAAAUUGGCCGACCACAUCCAACCAAUUUUAAAGAUGAUGAAAAAGCAGGCUCAGGAAGAGUGGAACGAACGGUGUGAAGUUGCAUUUGUUGAGGUAAAGCGUAUACUUACUAAUCCCCCAGUCAUGAGACGUCCCGAUUACGGUCAUGACUUGCAUUUAUUUUUGGCGGUCGGGGAAGAGGCUGUUAGUGCAGCUCUAGUCCAGGAAACUCCAGAGUUUCGGCCUAUAUACUUUAUUAGCAGAGUGUUAAAGGAGCCAGAAACGAGAUACCGGCAACUAGAAAAGGUAGUUCUGGCAUUAGUAAUUGCCACCAGAAGACUUCGCCCGUACCUGCAGGGGAAUCAGGUGGUGGUUCGCACCGAUUAUCCUAUUUCUAAGAUCUUACGCAAACCUGACCUGGCGGGUAGGAUGAUCGGCUGGUCCAUCGAACUCUUUGAGUUUGUACUAAGGUACGAACCAAAAGGUUCGGUUAAGGGGCAACAUCUGGCAGAUUUUGCAGCCGAGCUACCCGGAACAGACACAGAUCGUAAGUCAUGGGUUCUAUCUGUGGAUGGGUCGUCCGGCCAACAAGGAGGAGGAGCUGGUGUAGUUUUGGAGGGACCGAACGGGGUUGUCAUCGAGCAAGCUUUAAUCUUUCGGUUCGAAGUUAGUAAUAAUCAAGCUGAGUAUGAGGCCCUGAUUGCGGGGUUAGAAUUGGCACGCGACUUAGGAGUUAAAGUAUUGAAGUGCAAAACUGAUUCUCAGUUAGUGGAGGGACAUAUGAACGACACGUUUCAUAUCAAAGACAAUCAGUUGCUCAUGUACUUCCAUAAAGCCAAACAGCUUGCAUCUUAUUUUGACUCAGUGGCAGUACAGCAUAUACCAAGAAACGAGAAUCACAGAGCCGACAGGCUGUCCAAGCUGACGACCGGAAAAGAAAAGGGUCAGUUGUCAUCCCUAGUCCGGCAGGUAAUUUUCAAACCCGCAAUAGAUUGUUUACAUAUAUCCUGCAUGGCCGAGCGAGACGAUUGGCGAAGGGAGAUUACUCUGCUGAUCAAACGGCAAGAGGAGGGGAUAAUCCUUCGGGCAGAGGAAGCAAAGCAAAUCGCAAGAUAUGUCAUUGUUGGCGAAGAAUUGUACCGAAGGGGAUAUGUCACCCCAAUGCUAAAAUGUCUAUCAAAAGAAGAAUCUGACUAUGUUAUGCGGGAGCUGCACGAGGGGAUUUGUGGUAGACAUGGCGGCGGACGGUCAUUAAGGGCCAGAGCUUUGAGGGCAGGAUUCUAUUGGCCAACAAUGGAAAAAGAUUGUCAGGCCUUUGUCGUCAAAUGUUUAGCCUGUCAGAAGCACGGGAAUAUCAUUCAUACACCAGCUACGACGCUUUCGGGCAUAAUAUCACCAUGGCCAUUUGCUCAAUGGGGAAUGGACAUAGUAGAACUGUUCCCGACCGGUCGUUCCCAAUUAAAAUUCCUUUUAGUGGCAGUUGAUUAUUUUACUAAGUGGGUGGAGGCUGAGCCCUUAGCUAAAAUAUCAGCAUCUCAGGUACAAAAGUUUGUUUGGAGACUAAUUUGUAGGUUCGGUUUGCCAAAAUAUAUUAUCACCGAUAACGGCCGGCAAUUCAUCGACAAAAAGUUGAUGGCUUUUUAUAAGGAGUUAGGAAUCACACCUCUAACCAGCUCGGUAAAACAUCCACAGACGAACGGGCAAGCCGAAGCUAUGAAUAAGGUUAUUAUUCAAGAGUUGAAGAAAAAGCUAGGAGAGGCCAAGGGAGCGUGGGCGGACGAGUUGCAACAAGUACUUUGGGGAUACUGA